AUGGACAAUUUCUGCUUUCCGCUGGACCUGUCGAAAUUGGAGAAUGACCGUCUCCGGCUAGUUCCAUUUGAUUCCAAUUUCCAGGAACUGUCCGCGACAUACGUGAAAUUGUCAUCCGAAACUCCCGAGAUCUUCCAAUAUCUCCCUUAUGGACCCUUCGAAGGCCCUGACGCAUAUGAUCGCUGGUAUAGCGAUCGAGUCCGCUCCACCAAGGCAGUGAUCAUCUUCGCAAUCAUCCUCAAAGCCGGUGUGGUCAGAAAGCGAACGCCUGGCUCCGAUGAGUUUGAGGAACUGAAAGUGGAAGAUGGUACAUUUGCCGGGACCACCGGUCUGAUCAACGCGGAUCCAGAAAACUCCGUUGUCGAGGUGGGACAUGUCGUGAUCCUUCCACGGUUCCAUCGAACGUUUGUCGGCAAAACAGCUCACACGCUGCUUCUCCACCAUAUGUUGGAUCCCCCACCUCAUGGACUCCAUCUCCGACGCGUCCAGUGGCAGGCAUUCAGCAGCAAUCAGGCCUCGAUUGCCGCUGCGCAGCGCCUCGGUUUCCAGCUUGAGGGCAUCAUCCGCUGGCAACGGGUGUUACCAGAGGGCAAGAAGGGACAUUCGAGUGGUAACAUUGACGAGCAAAUGCCUGGGAUGGACCCAACCGGCCAGAAAAAACUUGGACCUGGCCGUCACUCGGCGAUGUUGAGUUUGUGUUGGGAUGAUUGGGAGAAUGGAGCGAGGAAGAGACUUCACGCUCUGUCGCAGAAAUAUGCCUAG